GUGACGAGGGCUUUGUGACCAAGAACACCGUUUUUGACCUUGGAUUUGUACAGAUCACCCUACAAGGUUAUUAAAAGGUGUACUGUCCCGAUGGUCGAAGUAUGUGGCGUGGUUUCUCGUGGUGAUGGUUUCCAUCCUCUCGUCCUUCUUUGUGAUCCUGUACAGUCUAGACUGGGGUAGAGAGAAGAGUGAGGCUUGGCUAAAGGCCUUCUUCUUUUCUUUCGGUUUGUCAAGCAUCAUCGCCGAAACUGCCGAGAUAUUGUUCCUGGCGACUCUUUUUGCAUUGAUUUGUAACCAGAGGUCUUCCAACAAGCAGAAGACAUACAAUAUCAAGGAAAAAGAUCUCCAUCUUCACCUUUAUGAUCACAAAGCUCCCGCGAAGGUGUAUCCACCUGGUGCUGUAUCGGCAGAGAAGAUGAAAGUCAAAAAUGAACAACGACGGAAGUUUUUCUUCGUCAUGAAGGAGUACGUUCUCCUGUUCUUGUUUGUUGUGGUCCUGUUCUUCAUCAGCCAUCACGACAAAGACCCGUUUGCUUUCAACGCAUCGCAGACGUUGCACGACACUGUUCUAGAAGAUCACGAUUCGAUCACCACUGCUGACGAGCUCUGGGCAUGGACUGAGGAGAUCCUCCUGCCUGUUUUGUACCCGUCGUUCUGGUACAAUGGGUGGAAGAUGAAGUAUCUAGACCGACAGUUUCCUCUUUAUACUGAAGCAUUUAGAAUCGGCCCACCGCGACUUACUCAGUUUAGGAAGGCACCAGAUGACAUGGCAAUAGACCUCCUUGAAAAUGGAUGGAUGGUUGCAACUGGAGACGGUAAAUCCACAUGUUGGAAGUUCAAUGUCACCGGUGUGAUGUCACACAACCCAGGCUGUUCCGCAGAACACUCCAUGGAACUACCAACUCUCCUGGGUUUGGCGACAGCAAUAUUCUCCGACCUUCGGGAUAACAAGUGGAUCGACAAAUACACAGACUACCUGGUUCUGGAUCUGUCGCUAUACUACCCAGCACAAAAACUGUUCAGUAGUCUAAGACUGACCGUAAAGCAGGAAGAUGUGGGACAUCUUUCAACAUCAGCAUCUUUUGCAACACACAGGCUUUUCCAGUACGAAAAUGACUCUGACAUGGUUACUUUGUUUUCCUAUAUCCUCUUUAUGUUGUUAUUCUUGGUUAAUAUCAUCAAAGAAGCGACCACAAUGAAGAAGGAGGGAAGGAAGUUCUUCAGGUCUAUGUGGAACAUCUUUGCUUUUGCGAGCAUAAUUGGAUCUGCAGCUGUCAUCGGUAUCUUCGGAAUAAGGUACCACUCUGCAUCUGCAGCACUGGCAAAGUUGGUCGAGGCAACAGGCGAACUUGGAAUAGAUCGUUUUGUCGACUUGAGCUCAACCUUCUGGUGGGAUGAAGUUUUCAAGACCGUGCUGGCCAUUGUGCUGUUCAUUACUACACUGUCGUUACUGCGAGUUUUCCGCUUCAGCAAGACCAUCGCCAGUUUCAUCGCCCUGCCAGGCGCCAUGAAGAAUGACUUGGUCGGCUUCUCGAUCGUAAGCGCUAUAGCCUUCAUGGCUUUCAGCUGCUCAGGGAUGCUGGUGUUUGGGACUCAUAUGAAGGCAUACACCAAUGUGUUGCACACCAACUUUGCCUUAUUUGAGAUGUUAUUGGGAAGGUUCUUUGCCGAGGAAAUCUUAGAAUCGAACCGAUAUAUCGGCCCUAUCUUCUUCACUUUCUUCAUGAUACUCAUCUUCAUACUACUCGUCAACUUCCUGGUGACCAUCAUCUGUGAUGCCAUUGCUACCGGUGUCUACGUUGCGGAUGAACAUGACCAAGAACUGGCUGACUACAUCUGGAGAAGUUUCCAGGGAGUCUUUGGGAUUCAUGUCCCUCCACCGAAGGAUGUAAUAUCAGAUGAAAUGAAAGAAACAGAGCUCAAUACAACAUUCGAAAUGAUUGCAGAAUCCUUGAAUGAAACCCUGGAUGUUACAAGCAGCCUUUUGGAACACAACAGAAUCGACGAGCCUUCUUUGACCAUACACGAUAAUGCUAUUGCCCAACGUCAGAUCACGAAGCAGUCACACGAAGUAAAAUGUGAGUUCGACGCUAUGCUGCCGUCAACUUCGUCUGCUAUCGGACAGCAGGUAGAAAAUCUCCUGAAAGCUCAUGAAGAAGACACGGCAAGAUAUGAGGAAGUGCAGAACAAGAGCAGACGACGUGCUGAAGCCAUGCUGAAGAGAAAACUGGCUGAGAAAAGGGAGAAAACACAGACCAUGGUACAUCACGCGCAAGAGAUGAUGGCACAACAUGCUGCCUACGAGGAACGGCUGAAUCAGCAACAAAGGAUGAACAGACGCCUGUUCCAGAGCAAACUUCGUCAGAAGAUGGCACUUCGUGGCUUACAGAAAAGAGAUGACCAAAAGCAAUAAGCUUUCUUGUAAUUUUUGUUGUAUUUCGCCCUCCUCGGCCACAUUAUACGUGAUAAAAAUAAUGUAAGUUUCUUUCCAUGGACAUUGCUGUAAACUAUUAUGUUAAUUUAUUUAACCACCUACCCGUUUACACUGGACCUCUUGGAACAGCGACUGAGGUCGACAGGGCCAUAUAGUUAAAAUAAACAUGAUGUAAGUAUGUAUGUAUGUAUGACUAUAGUAGCACUUAGGCUUAGGUCCUAAUCCUAAAAGAGGCCCUGCCGGGUAGUUCACAGGCUGUAUUUUUUUGCGUGGGACACUUUGUGGCUUCCGGGGUAUUUUUGGGCCCGGCAGUACCCCGGGUUGAUUUUAAGUCGGACUUAGAAUUAACCGGGACGCGUUAACAAAUAGAUACCGUGACCUUCCCGUGUACGUGAUACACCGAGGGGUAUCUCCCGGUAUCCAGCUGUCUAUUGGGGCAAAAAUGUGUUUCUUCAGAACCCGGCCGGGGCUGCAUCAAGACAGCAGUUUUACUUCGCCUGCUUUGCAAUUUAAAAUAUGGAUACUACUAGAGUUCUUUAAAAACAACAUGUAACUCUUUAUAAAAUCUAUCAUAGAAUAUAUGUACAGCAGAACACAUGUCUAACAAGUCGUCUCUUUUUUUGCUUGUCCUGUCAUAGAAUUGAAGUACCAAACAAACGUACUCAAUGUUAUUUUGCAAAAGCACUGAGACUUCCACAUAUUCUUUCAUUUGUCUGUUUGUUAUGUUUCUCUUUGGACACACUACAUUUAGUACUUAUCUAUGUUCGCAUUAUGAUCUUUAUUAGGGUGAAUAAUUGUAAAUAACCUUUGAUAGCAAAUGAUACGUAUUUGCAAUGAUAUAUAACUUUAUACAACCUAUACUAAUUUAUUGAUUGAAAAGGUCAUGAUUUAUUGUUAUUUGCAUGUCGUGGUAGUUUGAUCAAACUGUUCCAUGUUAUACUGUGAUUUAUUACAUAAUUAUCUAUUCUCGAUUUGUCUGUCGAAAAAUUGUAAAACAUAGUGAAAAUGUGUAAAUAG